UUGGAGACGGUUGCCCGGCAACGGGACGCAAGCGUCGGGGCCUGCGCUCUCUGGUCCCCACCCCAGCCAAGCCCGGCGGCCAUGGAUGCUGAGACGCUGCCCUACGCGCUGGACCUGGUGGCGAGCAGCGGCGUGUGCCUGAGCCCGGAGAAGCGCGCGGCCCUGCGGAACUCGCUGCUGCUGGUGCGCCGGGACUACCGCUUCGAGCAAGUCCGCCUGUGGGGCCGCAUCCAGGGCACCCGAGGAGCCUACUACAUCGCCGAGGGCGUGGGGCCCGACAGGGCGGGGGCCAGAAGCCGCCUCUACAGCUUGAAUUGUGUGGAAUGGAGCCUUCUGCCACCUCCUAAUGAGGAAUUUACUGCACUGACUUCAGUGCUAAAGGGACGUUUCCAAGGGGACCCAUCCUAUGAAUAUGAACACUAUGAGAAGAAAGAAGAAGGUGAGAGACCAUAUGAAGAGGAAGCAACAAACUUGAUCAAGGAAGAAGUACGUCUUGUAUCUGCAAUAGAUCAGAUAGAUAAAGCAGUGGGUAUUGUUCCACGGGGUGCCUAUAUAAAGUCACCACUGGGACCUGUGCAUGAAAACAGAAACUUUGAAGGUCUGUCUUUGGUGGAGGCUAAAAAAUUAAGCUCAUAUUUCCAUUUCACUGAGCCUGUAAAUUUGAAGAACAAAACUCUCCUGGAGAAAGCUGACCUGGACCCUGCCAUUGACUUCCUGGAUUCACUUGAACAUGAUAUUCCUAAAGGGUCCUGGAGCAUCCAAUUUGAGAGGGGAGGCAGAGUGGUAGUACUACGAAGUUUGCUCUGGCCUGGACUCACAUUCUACCAUGUCCCCAAUACUAAACAACAUGGCUACAUCUACUUUGGCAACGCAGAGAAGAACCUGGACCUGCCCUUCAUGCUAUGAAUAAUAGCACGAGGCUGAAAAUGGAAGAGAUGCCUUGUACUAAUUUUGUAUUUGAAACUGGGUAUGUAUUUUUGCUUUAAUAAAUUAGCAUGAAAUCAGUCUAAUGUGUUUGUGAGACCAUAUUUUAAAAUAUUAAGUAGAUCAGCUGUGUGCCAUCUAGCCUGUAAGCCAGCUGUAUGUUAUCUACUCCUUCCCUCUAAAUUAUGUCAGUCUCCUUAGAGUGCAGCAAGACCAGUACCAGAAGCAUUAUUGUUGGUUCACUUUUGUUUUACUUUGUAUUUAUGUACUUAAACAUUGAUUUGGCAGGGUUUGUUUGUUUUGGUAAUACUGAUUUAUUCUGCAUUUGUUGAAUUGUUGAUUUUUGUCAUUUGAAUUUACUAACAUGUUCUGUAAUUUGUAUGUUUGUAUUUUCAAUGUUUUGAUUUUUUUUAAUGUUUGGUGUGAGCUGCACAGUUCAUUGUGGAAAAGCAGCAUAUAAGUAAACUAAAUCAUCAGUAAACACCUCUUGAUAAAUUACCAUAUGCACUUGCCAUAUGUACUCAUUCCCUGCAGGGCUCAUAUUCUGUCUCCAUUACUUUACAAAGGAACUAGAAAUAAGAGACCUCCUAGGAUUAGGAAAUCAGGAAUCCUAAUUGUUGGUUUGCUAUCCAGGCACAUGAGCUAUGUAAACACAGAAAAUGAAAUUGUUUUGUGGUAUAAAGUGUUACAGAUGGUUAUGCAUAGUCUACAAGUCUAGUAGGACACACGAGUGAUUUCUGGUUUGACUAUUUGCUCUGGACUCCAACAUUUCCUUUAAUUAUGCACACUUUCUAAACACACAUCACUUUUCCAAUUGCACCAACAAAAUCAGGCUGUAGUACAAUCAUGCUUCGUGUACAGUACUUCAGAACUUGAUACCUUAUGGACAUUAUUUUUGCUUUAAUUAUACAUUAUAUUGGGCUGACUGCACAUAUUCACAGAUUACAUAAGUUGCAUGUAUUUCUGAGAUGUAAUUGUGUGUGAAAAUGAAGUUUAGAAUGCACAGGUCCUCUCUAGAAGGUUUCAUUUGCAGCAUAAAAAAGCCAUUAUAAAAAUACCAUUCUCUCCAGAGAGAAUGGAAUGUUGCUGUGUCUGAUGACUUUGGUUAAUAGGUUCAGGUAGGGAGGGAUUACUGUGAGCUGGUAGAUCUAAAAGACUGCUGGCCAGUGCCUCAAAAUAGUGGCUGCAAUAAAACAAGCAUUAGAGCUGAGCAGCAGAAAGAAUUAAGCAUAUUUUUUUUGACCCAGAGCAUUUCCCCAGCAUAGAAACUGAGGUAGCCUGUAGAGGAAGUGACAACUACAGUUGUGUGAUACUAGUUGCCUCACUUCUAUCCAGGCUUUCCCCCAUAUUCACAAUUUAAGGCUCCCUUGUGCAUGUUUCCCAGCAACCUGGCUAUAGCAAUACUCCCCCAGUCUACCCCAUCACCUUGAAAUAUUCAAAAUUUUACAGGACAAAAAGUAUGCAAAUCAUAGGCUACAGAUGAAAGGUGGCAUACAAAUAAAUAAUAAUAAU